CACAGAUCUGGGAUGUGGUUUUAUUGUGAAGGUUCCGGUCCCGGUGUUUGUUUGUCCCGGUCUCACGGGCUUCAGUGUCCUCAGGUGUCCUCAGGUGUCCAAAGGUCCACUCGGCUCGUGUCCCGGUACCGGAGCCGUGUGUCCCCCUCACUGUCCGGACUCAGCUCUCCGCGGGGCUCGGUUCUGCUUCUGUUUCACUCCAAAUGGCGACGACGCUGCGGGACAGAAGGUACACGACUGACGACUGCUAACGAAGCUAACGGAGCUAACGAAGCUAACGGGGCUAACGAAGCUAACGCGCUAUCUGGCGUCCAGCUUCACAUCAACACCCCUGCUGCUGUUAAACCAGGACUAAACCAGGACUGAACCAGGACUGAACCAGGUCUAAAGCAGGUCUAAAGCAGGACUAAAGCAGGACUAAAGCAGGACUAAAGCAGGACUAAAGCAGGACUAAAGCAGGACUAAAGCAGGACUAAAGCAGGACUGAACCAGGUCUAAAGCAGGACUGAACCAGGUCUAAAGCAGGACUGAACCAGGUCUAAGGCAGGACUGAACCAGGACUAAAGCAGGACUAAAGCGGGUUCUGGACUGAGUGGCAGAGCGGACCCGUGUGAUUGGUCAGGGUGGAGGCCGUGGAGGCGUCUCAUUGGAGGAGGCUGAUGGAGGGGGCGUGUCGUAUCCCUGUGGCGUGCUGUCGGCCGCGGAUCCUCGUCCUGCACGCGCUCUUCUGGGGACUGGUCUCACUCAGAGUGUUCGGGUCGGCGCUGCUCGGCGAGGAGAAGUCGACAGCAGUGAAACCUGUGGCCGCCCCCUGCUGGCAGCUGGAGGAGUUUACAGUGACCACGGCGUGUGUCCAGUGCAACGCCUUCGAGACGAGGUCGUGGCCCGUUUGUGCUCAGACCGGAUUCUACGAACGAGUGAACUGCACCAAAUCCAACAAAGACGAACUCAAGAGUUGCAGAUCUUCUCAGUUGGAGGAGCAGAGUUUCUGGCACUUCGAGGCGGCCAUGUUGUCUCUGACGGCGCUCUUCGGGGUUGUGGUGGUCACGCGUCAGAGAGCGCUCGACCGCCUGGCGUCAGAGAAGGUCCGGCGCCAGAUCGAGUCCAUCUGAGACCGGACCGGACCAGGACCGGACCAGGACCGGACCAGGACCGGACCAGGACCGGACCAGGACCGGACCAGGACCGGACUGAAGAAAGACACAGGAAAAUGGAGUCCACCAAACCCAGACAGAACCACAAACAUUUUAAAGUUGAUUUAAAGCGGGCGUCUUUAACUUUGAUUUAUUUAAAACCACUUUUUUAUUUGAGACUUUUAUGAUGUCAUUGCGCUGCUGCGCUGUGAUUGGCUCCUCAGAGAAACGCUCCGCUCUGAUUGGUUGACUGGACCGAACCUUUGUAGAGUUUUUGUUUUUUGAAAUAAAAUAAAUAAACUGAA